AUGCAGAAGUCCUGCGGAGCGUCCACUAUGAACGGUCUUCGAACUGCGGCGCGCCUGAAGACUGGGGCCGUCGCCAAUGCCAAUGCUAUUCCACGGAGGCAUAUCAGCGAUAUUUCCAUCACCAGAACGGGCAAGGCAAGUGGAAGAUCGUCUCUUGGAGGUCACACUGUUACGGUCUUCGGCGCAACUGGAUUCUUGGGACGAUACAUUGUAAACAGACUUGCCCGGCAAGGAUGUACGGUCAUAGUCCCAUUCCGGGAGGAAAUGGCCAAACGCCAUCUUAAAGUCACUGGAGAUCUGGGGAGAGUUAUAUUUAUGGAAUACGAUCUAAGAAAUACACCUUCUCUGGAAGAGAGUGUCCGACAUUCUGACACUGUAUACAACCUCAUCGGCAGGAAUUACCCCACCAAAAAUUUCACUCUGGAAGAUGUCCACGUAGAAGGCGUCGAGCGAAUUGCUGAAGUUGUAGCCAAGUACGACGUCGACCGCUUUAUUCACGUAUCUUCGCAUAACGCAGACUUGAACUCUCCUUCUGAGUUCUUCCGCACCAAGGCGCAAGGUGAAAAGGUCGCGCGGGAUAUCUUCCCAGAGACAACUAUUGUUAGACCUGCGCCAAUGUUUGGCUUUGAAGAUAGACUACUUCAUAAGCUGGCUGGAGUGACGAAUUUCUUGACUUCAAACCACAUGCAGGAACGGUUCAACCCAGUUCAUGCUAUUGAUGUUGGAAAGGCACUGGAGAAGAUGAUUCAGGAUGAUAGCACCGCUCAGCAAACAUAUGAGCUGUACGGACCUACGAAUUAUUCGACUGCAGAAAUUGCCGAAUUGGUAGACAAGGAAAUAAUCAAGAGGCGACGACAUAUCAAUGUCCCAAAGAAAGUUCUGCAACCUAUUGCUAAGAUUCUCAACCAAGCACUUUGGUGGCCCACGACUUCUGCUGACGAGAUUGAGCGGGAAUUUAUUGACCAAAAGAUUGAUCCAUCAGCCAAGACCUUUGCAGACCUCGGAAUUGAGCCAGCUGAGCUGGCAAGCUUGACCUUUCAUUAUCUGCAAGGAUACAGAAGCGCGUCGUUCAAUGAUUUACCACCAGCGACAGAGCGCGAAAAGAGAGAGGAAAAAAAAUACUUGCAUGUACUCGACGACCAGUAG